AUGGCGGUAAAUUCAAGGAGAGAUUCGAAGAGAAGUGAAUUUCCUUUACCUCAAUUUGAGGAAACUUUUCCAAUUGUGUUCCAGUGUAAAAAUUGUAAUAAUAUACUCGGCGAUUCUUGCGCAUGGGUUUCUUCUGACCGAGAUCUUGAGAUGAUCUGCAUAAACAAAGUAACACCAUUUAUAUGUUCAGGGGAAUGCUUGGAGACUUCGACCACAGAAAGUGAUAUAGGCAGCACAUUUAUCCCUUUACACUGUAAGUCCUGCAGUUCACCUAUUGGUCGCAUCUACCAGACCACUCCAAAAGAACUGGACCAUUUACGGAAUCUUUAUUGCUUGGAUAUGGAGUAUACUAGAAGCUAUCAGGUUGGUUCUGUGGAUGGGAUGCAGACUUUACCGGCAGAAGAAGUUCUUGACCUACCAACAGCUAAAGGGCUUCAGCAAGGAAUUCACAAGAUCGAAAGUGUCCUGCUCAUGUUGGAAGAGAGGUUGACAUUACUGGAAAAUGAAGUUCGUAGCAACAAGGUAAAUAUGGAGGAUAACGAGACAAAUUUCACCACGAAAGGUUACAACGGUGUAAGUGAAACACAUAAGGAGAACCAGACUAAGAAAGCGAACAGAAAGAGAAGAAAGUAAACUGCAUACAAUCUAUAGCUGGCUCGAGUAUGUGUGACUACCUUAGUUAGGUUAGAUUUUAACAGAAUUCAUAUAUGCUCUUUACCAGCUGACCUUGUUACUACUUAAACUGUAACUGUUCAUAUAUUAAUUAUGUCGAUCUCGGUUUUCUCUGUUCACCUUUAUUAGAGUAAUGUAAGUGUUAGUUCUAAUGCGGCAUGCACUCACCUAUGAGGAAAAAAUAUCAAGCUACUGAAUCAAAAAAAUUUUAAAAAAAUAAAGAAUAGUGAAAAUUUGAUGAAAUUAAGAAACAGCUCUUCGAGGCAUAAUGAAAUUUCCUGUUGUUACAUUGCUUGCCCUCAAAGUGUGAGGUAGUUUAGUGAAUCGUGGCGUUGACUGAGAAUCUUUCCGUUGUUGAACAAUGACACUUAUUAAUUAAAAACAUGUUCCGGGUUUCCACAAUGGUACAUGUAUGAUCAAUCAUUGCGUGGUAUGGGAGGGCUAUCAUUAAGAAAAUUAAUAAUGGGAGUAGAUUCUAUAACAGUACCAAAGGUGAGGUUUGGGACAGGAAAUGUGGAGUGGAUCAAAGAGGAUCUUGCAAACAUAAUUGUGGUUCGACUAACCCUUGGAAAAAAGUUCGUGUCUCCGUGUAAGGUAACAAUACCCGAGUUAUUUACGAUGUUUAGUGUCGAUGCGUGAUCAUUUCUAAGUUGAUUUAUAUUACAAAAUUUUACACUAAAACUAACUGCUAAAGGACUAACCAUGCACUUAGCUAGACGGAGUUGCGCUAUGAUUAAAAGAAUUAAAUGAAAGUGCAAACAUAGUUAAAAAAAAGUGAUCAAAGACUAAGUGAUGUCUGGACGAUACUACAGAAGUGGCACAUGAUCAGCUUAACAUGGGCUUAAGCUCCAUGAGCCUUUAUACUGUGCUCCUUGAAACUCUUUACUCAGGGAACCAUGACAUCUCUCAAAAACGCCCCUCCGUCUCCCUCAAGAAUGCUGGUUCCCAGGUCACAGAAGUUCAGAUCUAUGGCUAGUUUGUAGCGCAUUCUAACAUCAGUAACAAAUCCCAAGAGCCUUUUCAUAUUAACUGCUGCUUGAGAUGUGCGUGCAUUUUCACUUUUGUACCUAA